AGCUCUGUGGUAUCUACGCCGUUGUUAAAAACAAAUUGUUAAAGUGCCCGUAUGCGAAUGUGGCCGAGUUAAGACAGAGCAAAACUAACAGUAAUCAAAUGUUAACAAAUAGUAUCUUUGUGUAUAUAUAUCAGUGACAUUAUCAGCAGCAGAGACAAGAUGUCAACAACUGGUACAGAAAAACAUUGCAGACUUUGUCUCAUGCUCAACAAAGGAGGAACAAAAGCGUGCCAUUUACUUCUCUUAAAACGUGUGGAAGAGCUUACCCCAAGCGAUCAUCAACCAUACCCGUGGACAGUUCAUGAAUUUCUACAAAGUAAAAAGAAGGAAAUGUUAAAGUCACAUAUUUCAAAAGAAAAAAUGCAAGUAUUAUUUCCAAGAACUGGUAUUACAGACCUGCCAAAAUGGGAUUUAUCACUUUUCUGCACUGUACUCACAACAUAUUGUGAGCUUAAACAGCUGGCACGCCUAGAUGUUGAGCGUCUCCGCACUUUGCGAAACGAGCUCUGUCAUAUGAAUGAACCACACAUUGACGAUGUAAAAUAUAAGGACUAUUUUGAAACGAUUCAAGUAAUUGUUACAAGAAUUUUAGAGAACAACAAUGAUAAUGAAACGAAGGAAUCAAUUGAGAAAGUACUGAAUGAUAUACACGAAGGACCACUUUCACUUGUUGAAACUUUAAAAGAAAUGCACACGUUUUAUUCAAUGGAAAUGGACAUUCGUGAAAAGUUAGAAUAUGUUAAAGACGUUGAUGAGCGUGUGCUUCAGAAAGUGGAAAAAUUUGACGAACUUUUUCAAAGAUUUGACUCUAAGUUGGAACAGAUUGACAAUAAACUCGACCACGAAACGUCUUCUAUGCUACAUUCAGCAAGAAACAAUUUCCUGUUACCAGGCGUUGAAAUAUUCUUUGAUCUCAAAAACCUGAGUCAAGAAGAAGAAGAAAGAAUGUCGGCUGUACUAGAACAACUAUUUGAAGAAGUUAUUAACGAAGAGGAUGAUUUCAAAUCUACUAUACCGGCCGAUUCAUAUAAUAAACUACGUGAAGCAGUUCGCAAAACUUUUAAACUUUUCCUAAUGAAAGGGUGGAGAAUCACUAGUGCAAGGCAUGAAUGUGUGAAACUGCAUAUAAGAUGCCUUACUUUUAAAUCCCUGGCUGCACUAUUUAGAGAACAUGUUCAAGGGCAUAUAAACGAGGAACUCAGAGAUUUAAAUUUCGCAAUUUCUGAAAUUAUAUGCGGGAAGGAUGCACAACUUGAAACAGCAAUAUACAAAGACGAGUUUUGGGGCGUUGUGGAAAGAACAAUAUCUGUUGUGGAAGACUUUUUAACUGACCACGGCAGCGACACUAAACUUGUGUUAAAGGAAAAGUUACAACCAUAUGAUGAUAAAAAGAAACAUGCACUGUCGCUUACAGCAAGAAACGUAACACACGAAGGGCCACAUGCAUUUGAAUGUGAAAAUGAGCUGGAUGCUUGUUUAAGACUAUUAACAACAGAACUUGGAACGGAAUUUAAUGCACCGCAAGUGUCCGUCCAGGCUACCUGCAAAUCAAAGAACACAGAAGCAGUUACCCUUCAGUUAAAUGCAAAAUUUCGUCCAUCAUUUCCCUUUUGUCUAAAUAUAGACCAAGAAUCAUCAACUGAUGAAAACCCGACAACAACGAAAGAGACAGAGACUGAAAAAAACGUUCCUAUAGAGACAGAUUUUGAAAUUGUACAAGACAGUUGUUUGAGACCAUUAGAAAAUGAUUCUGGAAUGGAAUGUUAUGCACCGGGCUUUUCUGGCCACGCUAAUUACAGACCAAAGAGCUAUUUGCCAAGUGCUGAAAGUAUGGACAACAUGCAGACAAUUGCCCUUCUGGAACUAUACAAGUCUCAGCGAGCUAUAGCCCAUUAUCUUGCAUUGGCGUAUCUUUCUUUCUAUGACUACCAAAACAUCGCAGGGGAGGUUUUUACAGCAUCAGUGUCUGCCAGAGGAAAACAUCUUCAUACGGUUGAACGUAAAUGGACAGACCUUGUUUGCGGUUUAUGCGAUCUGCUUGAAGAAAUUCUCAUAUGUGAAUCGAGCAGCCCAGAUAUAGUUAUAGAAUUUACAUAUAGACUGCAGACAUUGACGGAAGAAUUACAGAAAAGUUACCUUGAACUUCAGGACACUAUUCGAAAUCUCACAUCACUUUGCGAAAGUUUCACAAGGUUGUGUAAACACAAAGAAGCAAAUACACGCGAUAAAAAUAUUAGUCGGUUAGAAAACCUAACAAAAGAAGAACAAGUUAAAAAAUGUGUGCAUGAAUUUGAUGAGAUCAAUCUAGACAGAAGCCGCUCAGAAAAAGAGACAGAGAUGAUGUAUGACGAUAUUCCUUUUGAUAUGACAAGGAUGAUGAGUGACAAGGUUGCAAGUAGUAAUCAUUCCGGAAGGUACAACUGGAUUUCUGAUGAAGACUUGCAGGCAGUCAUAACUGCGCGAGAUAAAUACAUCGAAACAGCCGAGUCGUCCAGCAAACAUGAUAAAAGCAAACCUGAAACGAAAAUAUUCACAGAUAUGGACUUGUGUCGGAAAAGCAAUCAAGAUGAGAACUGGCGGGAUGAAAAUGAUAUAUCGAAAAUGCUUCGACCAGGAUCAGCUUUGACUGGUGAUUUCAGUUUGGUAGGAAUGGUCAAUCUUUACGAAAUAUUCUGGUCUAUCCGUGCUGGAAAAGAGGCAAGCUAUAUCAUAAUACAAGUUUUAUGUAGUUAAAUGUAAAAGGAAUCUUAUGUAUUUUUUCUUUACUUUAUAAACUCCAUAAAAGCAUAUAAACCACCAAAGAUCUAUAGCAUAGCAGUUGUCAACUUUAGUGAAUUUCAAAACAAAACAUAUGUGGUUUGGAGUUACUGUACAUUCAGAUUGUAAAGAAAUAUAUUUAAAGGUAAAUAAGGCCCAAAUUUUGUAUCUGAAGUUAUAAAUAAACCCUUGCCACAUAUUGUUUAAUAUGUAAAUAUAAAAUUAACAAUUUUAUAUGUAUAAGCAGUACUAAGCUAAAGGUUUAAAGUACACAUACAUAUAAUUUAUAUUUUCAGUUACAGUUCAUGAUGAUUUUCUACAUUUGAAGUUUAAAAAAGAUACCUUAAGAUAACAUAUUUUAGUGAACGACAGCCAUUGGAUAUUUCUUACAAAGAUACGAAUAUUCAAGAUAAGAAAUUCAUAACUAUGGUCUAAAGAGUAAAGUUACAUAGGUCUAAAAUCAUAUUUCUUCUUCUGUCUUCAGCUUAUCUAUUAAUGGAUGGAUAUUCAAAUAACUUAGCAAACUAUUUACUACAUAAGCUGUGUGUCAGGUACAAAACACACACUUAGCUCAAAUGUCAUGUUCAAACUUGGAAUUCAAUAUUCUAGUUAUUUUUAGUUUGUCUUUGCCUUUCUUCUUUGAACAUAAACUGGUAUUCAAACAAGUUGGUAUAAACGAUCAAUAUAAUGUUGCGCCAAGUUCAUUGUAGAACUAAAUUCCAAGCUCAAAGGUACAGAUCAAACUUGGGGUUCAAAUAAAUUACGCUUAUUUUCGGUAGAUCAUAUGGUUUUCGAAAAACACUGUGCCUUGACAUUACAUAGCGGGAGGUUCACUUCUAGUUUCAAAAAUUGUGUAUUGAUUAAUACGACAAAAAGUGUACCAUGAUUGUUUCGUUCUACAAAAAGCUAAAGAAGAAAUACUGUUAUCGUCUGUUGACGGAGCUUGAGAACACCGAAUCAGAUGCCAAUUCGGGAACCAUUUGUUACAGGAACCAGUAAUUUUCUGCAGCUUGAAAGGAAUAGCCUGAUUCUUAUUUAAUGAAUUCAGUUAAUGUUGUUCAACGACUUCAAGUAUUACAACAAUGCAAAACUAGUUUCAAUGAAUUGAAAUGAUUCAUUUUGGUUCUAUUAUUAAUUUUACAGAACAGCGUAAGGAAAUGACGUGUACGAGGAUGGGAUCAAAAGUAAUGCCACUGGCUAUUGAUAACCGUUUUUUUAGCGCUAGUACAAAUUCAAGCGUUGCACGUGUUCCCCAUUGUAAUAGCUUUUAAUCGACGUAUAAACUAUACAUGUAGACACAAUAUCUCGCUCAAAAUUCACAUUUGCACAAACUCUACUCGUAGGCAGUUAGGCAAAAUGGUUGGUAAAAGUGUAAAAAAACCGAACGAAAUUAGGUCUUUAAUUAAGACUUGCGCUUCACUCAGCAGAGGUUCAAAGGACAUUUAUGCUGACAUAUGUGCUGUUUAUGGUACUAGUGAAAUGUCCUUUUCCACAGUUUGCAGAUGGGUUACGAAAUUUUGUGCAGGCGUGGAGUCUGUCAAAAAUGCGCCUAAAACUGGUCGACCUAAGUCUGCAAGUAGUCCAAGGAUUGUUGAAAAAAUCAAACAAAUAGUACUUUCUGACGCAAGAUAAACUUCUCAGCAGAUUGCGGACAUGGUAGGCAUUUCAAAAGCAUCUGUGUUGAGCAAUCUGCGAAAUAUUUUGAACUUGAAGAAGAAAAAUGCUAGGUGGGUCCCGCAUUUGCUCACUGAUGAGCAAAACGCUGGCGCGUUAAGAUGGCGCGCAAGCUUUUGAAAAGGUUUCAAAGAUACGAUCAAAAACAUUUAUGAAUGUAGUAACAGGUGAUGAGUCUUGGAUACAUUUCUUCGGACCGCAUCGAAAAAUUAAUAACCGAGUAUGGCUCACUAAAAUGUCAGAAGGCCUUGCAUUGCCAAAAGAAUUGCAAGUGUGAAAAAGGUUAUGUAUGCCAUUUUUUCACUACUACAGGUCCAGGUCCUGUAUCUAAAGGCAAGUUAAUGAAUGUCAAGUUUUAUAAGAAAAAAGUUUUUAUAAAGCUUCUCAAGUAUUUCCAGAAACGUUGACCAAAGACGUGUAUCCGAGGCAUCCAUUUGUUACAUGACAACGCAUCGAGUCAUAAGGUUGGGAUUGUGACGUCGUUUUGAAUGAACAGGAAGUAUUCUAGAGCACCCACCCUAUUCUCCGGAUCUAGCCCCCUGUGACUAUUUUUUCCCUCGUCUCAAAAACAAAUCUUGCAGGCAGAAAAUAUACAUCCAGCCAAAAGUCGGGGGCCGCCAUAUUUAACCACCUUAGUGAAAUACCUGAAAACUUUUAAGGAUUGGAUUAAAAGAUCGAGACGUUGUGUAUCUGUCAAAGGAGAUUACUUUGAAGGUUUGAAAUAAAUAUUUUCUUAAUCAAACCUUUGGUUGUCAUUUAACACCACUGGUUGCAUUACUUUUGAUCCCACCCUCGUAGUUUGGCCUCACAUGUGUCAGCGAAUUAUUUGAAGUUGCAAGGGAGCUCACAAUUAAAAGAAAAAACACAAAAACCGGUAGGCGACCUACCUAAAAAUGUGCGUAAAAGCAAAGUUAACAUUAGAUUUUUUCAUCUUGCAUGUUCUUCAUACUUGAUUUCUUUUACAGCUAGAGAUAUUGAAGGAGGAGAUUGGUAGGCCUCAAGAAGGAACAGAGGCUAAUGAACGAGUUCGUUUUGUUCAAAGAAUGCAUUUACAACGUAAACAAACGUUGGAAAGGCUUGAAGCAAUCAGAAAACAAGAGGACGACAGCGGUAUCGAGUGCCUAAGAGAGGUUGACAAACAUCUGAAACGCAUUGACAUUCAAUUCCGAAGGAUACAUGAUUGUUGUUCUAAGGUGAUAUAUGGGCUAAAAUUGUUGAAAACCAAAGAUUAUAUGGAGGCUUUCUUCUGGAGGAGUAUCAGGAAGAGGGCCAACAUAGUAGAGGAAUGGGAAUACGUCGCAAACUUAUUUUCGGAUUACAGCAUAGAAAGCUGCAUUGACGCUGAAAAUUUAUUCAGAUUCCUGUUAGAAUCAAGAACAGCUGAUCCAGCUCAACGUCGUCGGGACUUAUUUCUUGUGAUCGAAGAAGAAAUAUCUGGAACACCUUCCUGAAGGUUCAUGGAAGUCAUCUGAUCUGCAUUUAGAAAAGACAAAGCAAAACAUUCAUCAUUAGAUGAAAAACAACAGCCAAACGCAAAGGUAUAUAGUCUUUGAGCGAUUAAAAUGAUCGCAUGAUCUUGCUUAUUAUCGUUGUGCUUUCUACAUGGCCUACGGCCGCUUGGAUAAAGAUUUAAGUUUAUACACGAAAACUGCAAAUGAAGUGUAUCGAAAAAUACUGUUCAAGAAUAACAGGAGAUACAAUAAUCCUAUUUAGCCUAGGUCGCAUAAAAUACAGUCUUGUUAUAAAAUAUAUAAGGUGUCUACCAUCUUAGUCACGCAGAGAAAAAAUAUGAUGUAAAAGAGGGUAAGUUCAACUGUACUUGAAUUACUAACGUUCAGAGUGAUUUUCUUCUAACCCUAACCUUUCUGUAUUGAACUUAACGAUCUAGUACAAAUGCUUUAAUUAGCGUUAACUUCAAAUCUAACAAACCUUCAUAUAAUAAGUGUGUGACAAUCUUACACACUGCCGUACAUGAUUAGUUUUAAUUUUUCAAGUAGUGAUAAAAGUAAUAAUAAUCACUGUUAUUAUUAUUAUUACUACUUUUUCGUGUUAUCACAUGUAUGUCAAAGAUAUUAUUAUUUAAUACAAUAGAAAAUAAAAUACAAUAACCAAAAAUGAUAAUUCUCUUAAAUGAUAUACACUUGCCGAAAAUUUACAAGACUUCUUAUCUAUCCUUCCUUUUUGUCCCCUGCUUUUAUCGAAGAAAAAUGGGGAUAUAGAAAUAGAUUACGUCCUUCCGUCCAUCCGUCCGUCCGUCACACUUCGUAGCCGGUCCAUGAAGGAAUUUGAAAUAAUUGUUAAUUGUCAUGCGCAAGACCUACACGCCUAGCUCCAAGGUCGAAAUCUUUCUUCGAAGUCAAAUGUUAACAGGGUCUGAUUCGUGUCCGGUCCAUAACGCUGCCAUUCCCCAAUGGAUUUUGAUAUUACUUGGCAUAAAUAUUUCGCAUAAUGAGACAACGUGUCAUGUACAAGAACCAGACACCUAGCUCCAAGGUCAAGGUCACACUUAGAAGUAAAAGGCUGGCAGUGUCAGUAUGUUAUCCGUCCCAUUACUCUGUCAUUCAUCAAGGGAUUUUGAAAUGAAUUGGCACAUGUGUUCCUCAUAAUGAUUUGAUAUAUCAUUUAAACGACCAGUACCUCCAAGGUCAAUGUCACCUUUGGUAAUGUCGUUUUUUUUCUAGUAUGUAACUUUUAAUGCACUGGUGUAUAUUUUAAUAACUUGACAUAAAUAUUCACCUUUACAAGACAUUGUGUAAUGUGUAAAGGUCAAGGUCACAAUCACCAAAGUUAUUUUGUUGUUUAUACAUGAGACUAUCUCCCUUUUAUAUGAUAAAGUACAAUAUAUGAGUUUCUAUAUCAGUUUUCCCACUAUUUUAAAAAUGAAAUUAUAUUUUAAGAAAACUGUUUGGUAUUGAUAGAUAUGAAAAUGUGUUAACAAAUGUAGACUGGUAGAAUACAAACCCAGUCACAAGUUACAAGUUAAUGGUAUAUAUUGGUAAAUGCAGCAUUACUAUGGUUGCGACACAUUAGGUUGAUAAUGUAGUGCAGCACUGCAUCAGCAGUAGAAUUAACUUUUACUGGUGUGUAAUUUAACACAAAUUAUUUAAGAACCAUAUAUAUGUCAUGCAUUUCAAUUGUUUAUUACUUACCUCUCUUUAAUAUAAUGAAAUAUUUUAUUAUAUGUUUAUUUAUUUGUCGAAACCGUUUUCAUUUAUGUCAGACCUUUGCGAAUGUAUUCAGUUGCUACAUCUGCCAACAAUUACUUAUUCCUUCUUAUUAAUUUCUUGCGAUAUAUUUAGAUUGCAUAUGAUGUAGCAACGUUUAUUAAUUUUUUCUGCUUAGUAAUUUCUCAAAAUUGUAGUUUGAUCUUUGCCUAAACGAAUUUGCUAUAUCUCCUAUUUUCAAUUUACGGUGGGCAGUUGCAAUGCAACCAUGUAGCUUGUAUGUAACCAGAUACUCGAUUUUAGUAUGUCAACAGGGUCAAGGAAACGCAACUAUGAGGUUUAUAACAUGUCACUUUAUAGUUCUGUAGUUGAUGUAUUACGCAUUUGUGUACCUUUAAAACACUUUUGCAUAACUUUGUGACGUGGAGCAUAUUUCCACGGUCCCGCCCUGUGUAUGGCAAUCAAUCACACAACCUUUCUGUGGAGCGUUAGUUUUUCCACAUUUCCGCCCUAUGGCUUGUUGGCUGUUUCCGUUGGAAUGUAAAUAGACUCCCACAGUUUCAGACACGGUCUCUUACUUCGAAAUUUACACUUAACCUCCGUUUUGGCUGUUAUUAGAUGUGUACAAUAUUAUUGGUUGCUAUCGAAAUUCUUCAGGUGUGUUAAUUUCUAUUUUUUUUACUUUAGCAGUUUAAAUGUGUUAUAUAAACGCAUUUCUACUUAGUUGUUUGAUUGGAAAACUUACAAGUCCGAUUUGCUUGAAGUACCUCCAUGCAUUUUCUUUCAUUUAUAUCAAAAACUGUUAAAGUUCUAGCAAAUAAAUCAUAAGAAACUUUUAGCUUUCGUUUGUGGUAUAUAAAGGUCUAAGUAUUUCCCAAUAGUAAAUUUAGAAACUAGAAAAGUGUCAAGUGUCCCGUAGGCCAGUCAAGUGGAAAUAUAUAAUGCUUAACAGACAUGGGUCACACCGGUCUGUUAAAGUGGACAAAGGCAGAGUAGCAUCCGUAGUUCAAGCAGGUGUCUAGAGAGUCACGUCGGUCGGCCAAACCGAGGGCCGUCAAGUCGGCCAUUCAACAGAAGUACAUCACAACAGCCGGACACGUCGGCCGACCAUACGGACACAGAACUUCUACAAAUUGAUCAAACUGGUGUUCCGUCGGCCAGUCAGUGAAGAAGACAACAGCGUCUAGUCUCAAAUUUUAAUCUCACUGCCCUUUCUAUUUAGUAUUCGCAAUACCCGAGAGCCCAGUCCGGUGCAAGGAAACAGCCAAGAGAUCCAUUAUAUUCGGAAUAUAUUCGAGACAGCUAGGUAUAAACUAGGUACAUGAAUGUCAUUUAUA